UUAAAUAUUACGUUACACAAACUAUAUUGUUAUUUGUUGUGUGCACAAACUUUUGGAAUAUACUUUCAAAAAUACCUUCUUAAAUGCCUAUUAAUUGUCCAAGCUCUAGAUUGCUUAUGCAAAUUUAGGAUAUUUUGGUAUUUUGUAUUUCUGUUAAGAAAACAACUUUUUUCUAAAUGAAAACGACCAUAAUUCUCGUCAUAAAAUGCUGUUUCAAAUUAAAGAAUUUUGUACUGCCAUAAGGCACUCCUUAAAUUGCUUAAAUUGUAUACGAAAUCCAAGAAGUUGAAUGAUCUUAAUGCCACUCAUAAAAAUUUCAAAAAACAGAAUUUGAAUAUUAUGCAUGGAAAGGAUGUGAGCAUGCUCGGUGAAUCGCUCUGUAUGUACAAUUAUGCCGUUCAGCAUAUUUGACCUAUCUGAAUAGGGCCAUACUCCCUACCGUCAUUUGUCCAAAUUCUAUAUUUACAGAUACAUGAUUAUUGAUUAGAAAUUACUUUUACAGUUUCAUACUACACUGUAUUAGAAUUCUUACUCUCUGCAUUACAGUAAAGGGUUCCUGCACUGAUUUUUUGACUUCUAUGGUUAAAAUUAUACGAAUGAAUUUCUCCGGUGAAAAGAGAAAGUUUUUGUAUUCAAGGGAUAAAACUUGUAAACUAUUAUGAUAUAAUUAAUAACUAUUAAAAACAUUAUUUUCUUUGUCUAUGGUGUAUUCCGAGUGACAGAAACUUAUAAUUAGAGACCAUUCACCAUUGAUUACAAUUUGAGUCUAUUAAAGCACAAUAAAAAAAUUAAAAUGUUUCAAAUUCUGUCGACAUAUUUUAAAAUAAUACAAUACCAAAUAUGUUAUUAUUUUUUGGGAAUUUUCGCCGUUCUUGAUGAUUUAAAAAAUCGUGAUAAAAAUAAGUUUGAAAUUAUCAACAAACAAGGAAAAGUUGCCGUUAUUACUGGAGGAGCUAGAGGUAUUGGCCUGGAAGUAGUGAAGAAACUAGUUCAAUGUGAGAUGCAUAUCGUAAUUGGAUGCCGCAAUGUGAAGGCAGGUCAAAAAACAAUCCAACAGCAUAUUUCGUCAGACGCAUCCAUUGAAAUAUAUGAACUUGAUCUUAAAUCAUUUACCUCAGUAAAAAGUUUUGCUGAAAAAGUAUUAUCCAAUCAUGAUCAAAUUCAUAUACUUGUAAAUAAUGGUAAACUUAUAAUUGAAUUAUUUUAUUUGAAACAUAGGGGUUCUAUAACUCCAGAAGAAGGGUCAAGGAGUGUUGCUUAUGCUUGCAUUUCUCCAAAAUUAGAAGGAUGUGGUGGUUAUUAUGCAAAUUGUCAAUCUGCAAAAUACUUACCAUACGCUGAUGAUGAAGAGACACAAAAGAAACUUUAUGAUACAUCUAUGGUUAUGAUAAAACAUUUUUUAAAAGUAAAUGAAUGAUUAGUUUUUUAAUUAAUUUUUAAUUUGACGUUUUAAAUUCUAAAAGUUAUUCCUCAUUCAAUAUCAUUAAAGACUGAUUUAGUUAUCAAUAAUUGUAUUUAUAUGUUAAAAAACUGAAUGUUCUAGUAAAAUAAUAAUUAAUAAAUUAAAAAUAUCUGUUUGUUUAGCAGUGAGAUAAUGGUUUAUAUUUAAAUUUUAUUUAUUUUUAUUUUUAGCUUUAAUUUAUAUUUAAAUUUACUAUUGAAUUUUUGAGGAACUCCCUAUUUAUUAUUAUACAAUUUAAUUCUUUAAAAGUAGGAAACUUUCUCCGAGGAAGUAGAUAACAGUAGGUAUUGAGUGUACCUUGUCAUCAAGAGCAUGCUAAUGAUUAGAGGUGAUGGUGUCAUACUGUUGUAUGUCAAUAAUGUAUAAAUGUUCUUAAUUUUGUCAAAUAUAGUCUAAUUUUGCAUAAAAA